GGUCUGGACCUCUGUGGGUUUCAAGCGCUUCUGUAACACUGCAGCCAACAUAUUACCUUACCCAUGCUGGGAGGAUGCUGGUGAGAGAGCUGGCAGUGUUAAACACACAGACUUCCAAAUUGGUUACUGAGGAGCCUACCUUUCACCUCACUGAAGCGGGGAGGCUAGUGCUUGACGAACUGUCAGCACCUUUAGAUAGCCAUUCACAGCCAAAUAGUGAAGACUCUCGUUUUCCCUAUGAGAAGUUGCAGCUGGUUGGGAACUGGGGUUCGUUUCAUUUCCAUUACUGGAAGAUCCAUUAUGGACGAGUGCAGCAAAAUGAAGAGGACUUGCAUCACCUGUGCAUUGUGAGGGGAGUGGAGAAACAGCUGUGGUGGAGCAGAGUCAUUCAGGAAAAAAUCCUGGACCCAUGGGGUCUUGUCCAGGUGGUCCUCACCAACAAGGAGCUGACUGGUAUUAAGUUCCUUGGUAGAAGGAUCUAUGGACUCAGGUCCUGCCUUGUCAAGAGGAGGUCUGAGUUCACCUAUUAUGAGGAUUCCCAGUGGAGGGUUCCCCCAGGAUUCUCCCCCUCCCCCUCCCCUUUCCCUUCCGAUUCCCCUCCCAGUCCCCCUCCACCUUUCCACUCCACCCAGGACCAGGACCAGACCCCUGACAGCACUCCUCACGAGUUUGUGGAGGAGCAAAAUAAUGUUGCAGAUGUGCCCCAGCUGUGGAGUUACUUUGGAAACCAAGGGACAACCAACUUCUCUCUGAGGCUGGCCGGUAUCCGACAUGCUAUGGAGGCUCUGACAUCCUCAGACAGUACCUCCCUUAAUUACCUCACCCACGCUGGGAGGAUGGUGUUGAGCGGAUUGUCCAAGCUCAACCAGCAGAUCGACCGCAUCAACUUCGUGGAUGUAUUUUAUGAAUUCGUUCUACUAAGCCUUCUAGAAGGAAAAACAUCUCUUCCUACAUCUAGGCCUGGUAGCUUCUUUUAUCUGCUCAUGGAAGUGAUAAUGAGGAUUCACCCUCCUGGAGGAGCCUGGACAGAGGCUGCUUGGAACUUCUACCUCCUCAUUAAGGGCCAGAUGAAGGCGUGGCUGGACUCCAUCUUCAACCUCGAUGAGUCCAUCUAUGAAAGCCCACAGAGGCUCUCGGGGCAGGUGAUGGGGAAUCUAGAAAUGCAGGUUGAGUUCCUCCUGUCCAGCCUGGAUUAAGGGUCCCAAACUGAGCUGAG